AUGAAGCCCUCACUGCCGCCGCCCUCGAACCAGUACAUGGCCCGCAUGCGCGAUGGGCGCACGACCCUCCCGCCCGCAUUCGAGUCUUCCGGCGAGGGCAAGACGGUGGUCGCGCUAAACGGAGGCGGCGUUCAUGCAUACGUCGGCUCCUAUGGCGCUCCGCUCGGCCCGAAAGUCGGCGUGCUCGCCGGCGUUUCUGGCGGCUUUUGGGCAACAUCGGUGUACUCCUUUGCGCGGCCGCACAAGAACGGGAAAGAAUUGGGGCCAAGGGACGCGGAUGAGGUCCUUCUCGAUGCGGGGCGGAAUUCAGACCCAUCAACCUACACGUGGGACGAGCUGGGCAAACUCGACAAGCAGGCCCUCGGCCAACCGGCGACGAACGGCUGCUUUGGCCUGACACCGCUUGUUGGAAUCUGCUGCUGCUGCCUUCCGAUCAUCAACACCUGCGUUUACAUCCUGCCGGGAUCUGGGACUUCGUGUGGCGGCUCCUCCUCCGCCUGGCGGGUGAUAUGCAGAGCGACUUGCUGCAACCUGCCACACAGCAUGCACAGUGCCUGGUUCGAUGAGGUGUACCGCGUGUUUCUCAAGCCGUUCAACGUCAAGGCGGACAAGCUGCUCGCACCCGACGAGACGGAGGCGGAUGCCAUCGCCUCGCUUCUCGGCAACUCAGUCGCGAAGGAGGACUUCCAGUGGCCGCGCUAUGGCACGGAGGGGCCGGCGCCUCUGGGCAUCUUCUCGCUGGUGCUGCCAGCCGGCCUGUCGUGGCAGAAUGGCCGGCGAGAGCUGUACGAGAUGCACACAAAGGCGGACAACGACUGGGUCGACUACGGAGGAGCGGCGGUCGACGUUGCGGAGUCGGCUCGAGACCACCACAACGGGGUGACGCUCAUUCCAUGGUGGAGCACCGCCGGCGCCACGGGGACGCAGUACAUUACCCAUAAGAUGACCUUCCCCCAUGCGCAGACGCACGUCUUUCCGUGGUGCAGCCCCCCAUCCAUUCCAACGGCGUGCUCCAACUGCUGCAGCAUGUUGCACGUCACACUCACAGACGAGUGCAUCAACAAUUGCUUCCUCAAAGUCCCGUGCUGCGCGAAGCCGGAGGAUGCGACGUUCGGCGCGACGAGCUCUGCGGCAUGGGACGUUGUCAAGCCGGGCAGCCACGCCUUUUCGAGCCACUCGUUCGCAUCCACCUUUGACGGAUGCUGUUCGCCGAUUGUGACGUCGCCGGGCGAGCCAGCCCGCAUGUGCGACUUUGGCGACGGCGGCAUCAUGGACAACACCGGCGUCGCCGCCGCGAUUGCGCGUGGCAGCACAAAGAUCAUGUCGAUGGUGACGCCCCCGGGCCCCUUCCGCCCGCCGACGAAAGCCUUCCUCGAUGAGGCGAACAAUCAUAGCAGCCGAGCGGACGAACUCGUGGCUGCGGGCAAAUUCGAGGAGCUCCGACGUCUCCUGCAACACUGGGUCGACGCCACCUCCAGGGUCGACACGAAACCGACAGACCCCGAGGACUCCACCUACCUGCUGGACGUGUGGCUAUGUGCGCUGUUUGGUGUGGCGCAGACCAAGACCGUGCAGGGGCAGGUUGGGAUCCAGUUCAGGCUGACCAACCAGAUCUUUGGGCCGUCCGACUUCGUCCUCCUCCUCAAGAAGUUCAAGGCGCUCUACGAGAAGGGCCUGCCCCUCGUGGCCGCGAUCGACCUUGUCACGCGCGAGAACUCCUUCUUCGGCGUCAAGAAGGGAACAAAGGUUACCGUGACCUUCUUCUACUACACGCUGCCCGGCGAGAUGGGCAGCUGGAAGAAAGACAACGCCGACUGGACGACGAUGUUCGACAACGCCAAUUGGGAGUCCAAGCAUUACGUGGAGGGCUCUUGGGCCUUUAAGGUGGAGCAGAGCUUGGGUAAGGACUGGGAGAAGAAGGUUUCCGGUGGCGUCUGCGUCAACAUCGCGAGCAUCUGCACCAAUCGAUGCACCCACCCGUGCUCGAAGUUGUGCUGCCCCCAAGUCCCCGUGCACCCCUUCCCGUACCUCUUCUUUGCCGUCCAGAACCUGUUCGCUUACACGUCUCCCAUCGCCUGCUGCGCACCAAAGCUCCAAGCCUACACGUACCAGCAGGCCAACUUGUGUGGCCGCCUGAGCGACUUGAAGGAGUCGUGGGAGGAAAUCGCAAAGGCUCUCGGGGACAAAAACUAG